UGAGAUCGAUUACAUUAUACUGAAGCAAGGCCCGGCCCCUAACGAAACAGUUCCACAAGACUCGUGAAGUGACAGAUUUUCUUAUUUUACCACUGAUAAGGCCUAUUUUCUAUAAAUUCGAACACAAUGGCAGACGACGAAUUGGAGGCUAUCAGGCGGCAACGCAUGGCCGAACUGCAGUCAAAACAUGGGAGUCUGUCUUGGAACCAAAUGAAUCCGGGGGACUCUUCAAAUGACCAGCAAGGGCAGCAGGAGGCCAAACAGAGGGAAACAGAGAUGAGGAACUCCAUGCUGGCUCAGGUUCUAGACCAGUCCGCCCGUGCCAGAUUGAGUAACUUGGCUCUGGUGAAGCCAGAGAAGGCCAAAGCAGUGGAGAAUUACCUCAUACAGAUGGCCCGCAUGGGCCAGCUGGGGGGAAAGAUUUCAGAGACUGGUUUGAUCGACAUCCUAGAAAAAGUUAGUCAGCAAACAGAAAAAAAGACAACUGUCAAGUUCAACCGACGAAAGGUGAUGGACUCAGAUGAUGAGGAUGAUGAUUGAUGCGUUGAAAGGAGCCCAGGAGCCAGUCAGACGGCUGGCUUAGGGCGGGAUUCAGGACAGGAUAGGUUGGAGCAGGGCUCUGUUCGUUGGCGGCCAUCUUUGACUUGCCAAAGGCCCUGCGUUAGUGAUGCACCCUGGGAUACCACAUCAUCCCCUGUGUGCAUCUGGAACUCAUUACUAUAUUCUCUCUUAUAUCCAUUUUCACCACGUUUGACUUUUUCUCCACCACAAGAAGCAGAACAAAAUGCAACUUAGGGUAUAUUGCUGCUGAUGCAUUUUUCUAGAGACUGCUUUGUGAAUACUGUCUGUGUGGAUUUACUCAGCAAUAGUGAAACCAAACUGUACAGAGCACAUGGGUAUAUUCAACAUUUUUUGUUCAUUUUUGAUGACAGUUUACAUUUUUUUUUAAAUUAAAUGCCUUACAUUUGAACACUUAUUCCACAAUUAAUUAAAACAGUUUUAUCAUGAUGAUAUUUUGACUUUGAGCUGAGUGCUUGAAGACUCAUUGAUUGGUUAUAUGGGUUUGUACUACAUUUGCUUUCAUGAAAAAACAAAGUGUAAUCACAUAAGAAGAGCAAUGGUGUAAGAAUAAAGCCUAAAAUAUAGUUUGUUUUAAAAUGUAGUCAAUCUUCCCUCUUUACAAGGUGUCCUAGGUAGUGUAUUAGGCUAUCCGUUACAUUACAUUGAAAUGCAUAGACUGAAGUUACAUAGUUGCUUUGACUCACUUGGUUCAAAUGGUCUUUGCUGGAAUGUAUGCAAUAUGUGCAUUGAGAGGCUGAGACAUGUAUUUGUAGCAGGAUUUGUUAAACGAUCUCAAUCGUAAGAAGUCUAUGACAGCACUUGAACUUCCUGACAGCACUUGAACUUCCUGCUUCACUCGUAUUGAACAGGUGCAUCGUGAGACUGCACAGAUCUAUGAAUGGUUGCUUCUAUUGUACACCUGCCAUAGGUAAUACUCAAUAAUAUCUGACAGUACACUGAUGUUCUUACAUGCAAGAUGUUAUUGAAUAUUUGGAGAUAAGUUAAUGGGAGAUUUGGUUUUAUGUUCAAAGUGUUCACCCCAAUAAAUAAACGGCAGCAUUGAUAAAGCAGAUAAGGAGUCAUUCUUCUUGAUCAUUGAACACGUGUUGAAUAAAGCUGAAUAAAGUGGGUUGAGUCUA